AUGGCUUCAAACAAACGCGACUUUGUUCGCGCCUUCGACACUCCUGCCGGUCUGCACCUCACUGCAGAGCCUCAGGCUUCUCCAGUACGAUACAUCCCUGGCCAAUGGCCCGAGGAGGUAGUCGCCGACACAUAUGAGAUCGCUCCAGCCCCAGGCGUCUCGAUCUUCACGACCAUUUCGCGCUUCGCGACAUCUUUCCGCUUGGAGGUCUCCAACAUCCCAGAACGGUUGAGGAAGUACUUCGCGUGUCCACAGCAGAUCAUCGCCCUCCCCGUCAUCAGAGAUGAUGGCUCAUCCAAGCGACGCCUUAUCGACGCGGGUUUUGCGCCUACCACGCCGAGCCGUGGAGGCAGUCAGCAUACUGGUCUCUGGAUCGAGACCCCACCAUCACCUCAGUACCCUAAAGAUCUGCGGGGUAACGACAGCCCAGACUGGUCGAUAGACGAUAUCGACACCGGCAGUCCCCCACCUCAAUGUCGACAGAUUCUUCCCUUGAAGACCUCCAGGGUCGUCUCGCCUGCUACACAAUUCAACAUUCUCCGACGCUCUCCCGUUACACCCAUGCGCAGCCAGCUGCUUAAGAAGCAGUUGCGGAAAGUGGAGGCAGUCAGGACUACAUCACCUACAUCACCGCUCGAAGCUCGGCGAAACCAAGACGCCGACGCACGGACCACAGACCGCCCUCUCGGAUAUCUCGACCCUGCCGACGUCUUAGACAACGACCUCUCAAUCCUUCCUGACGCCGACAACUUGAGCAGCACAUCCGAAUCUCUGCGCAGCCCUUCACCUUCAUCAUCGCGCCACAAGAGCACCCGAUGGGCUUCACAAGGUCGCGUCAAAGCCUACUACGUCGACGAGCGUAUCAGCGAAAUGCUUGACUCCACUCUCGAGUCCAUUCGCUCACCUAUCUCAAAACCCAACUUCUGCGGCGACAAUGACGAUGGCGACUCGUCUGACGACAUCCAAAACGUACCUUUGAUUGAUCCCAAGACCACCUCUGACUCGGAUGAGUCCGUCGACGGGCCGUCCUUGCAAGACUCAUCUCUGUUUGACUCCCUCGAGGAAACAGAACUCUCAAAAGAGCUGCUCCAAGAUCUCGAACAGAAUUUCAAGAAACUCCUCAAUGAGGAGCCACGUCCUCCUUCCCCGCCGAAGCCAUUGUUGGCCCCGUUGUCGGACUCGGAACGUACCCAGCUCGAGGAGUUGGCCGCUAUGUCGAAGCAUGGACAGGACGGAUGUUACUCUAUCGUUCCGGACAAGAUUACCGCUCGCGACUUCGGUACUUUGCUGCCCGACAUGUUCAAUGGCAGCGCCAAAGCUUGGCUCAAUGACGAGAUUGUCAAUCAGUACCUCGCAAUCCUCGUCAAGACGUCCAAUGAUGAUUGCGGUUUCGUCUACAAGCGGGGUGGUCCGGCUCCCCCCUAUCACGCCUUCUCCUCGCACUGGUUCAAUUCGAUCAAGGGCGGCGUCAAGAAGGUGGAGCGCUGGGCCAGUAGAGUUGGCCUGGGAGGUAGGCAGUUCAUGGACGCUAAGGUCGUCCUGUUUCCUAUCUGCGACGGUUCCCAUUGGCGACUCCUCGCUGUCAACCCACAGAAGCGCACCAUCGAGUACCUGGACUCCCUGGGCUGGGAUGGAUCCGAAUACAUUCGAAAACUGCGCGAUUAUCUCCAGCACGAGCUUAAGGAUGCUUACAAAGAGGAGGAAUGGACAGUCGUCGAGCUGCAGCGCAGCGCCAGGCAGUUGAACGGUAGCGAUUGCGGUGUGUUUGUGCUCCUCAACGCUCUGGUGUCACUGUUGGGCGUCGAGUUCAAGAAGGUGGUGGCAUGCAACGGCAUGCACGAGGCCAGGGAGAGACUGGCAAUGACGAUUAUUACUGGUUAUGCUAUUGAGAUGGAGUACUGA